GCUUUGGGAUUUGGGGGCUUCUGGUUUUUGAUCCCAUUUAAGGAGCUAGAUGGUGCCCUAGGAACCUCAGAAAAGUUUAGGAGUGCUCUUAAUUACGGUUAGGUGCGUUAAUUCUUGUACUAAUGCGGGUGAAAUGCUAUAUAUGCUUUGCUUGUUCUCACCUCAUAAAUACCCCCGGCCAGUCCCUAUUGGCCUUGUUGUGUGGGGGACACGUACCCCCCUCUCUCUCUCCCCCCAUCUCUCUCUCUCUCUCUAAAUUGUGUAUUAUUGUAUAAAGAGGGUGCUUUGUCAUGGGGAAUGUGGAGUUGGGGGUUUAAGGCUUUGGCAUAGGGGAUAUAUUAAUUAGGAUGGAGUCAUGGUGGAGAGAAGUUGCUAACGUUGGGCUAGGGCUUUGCUCGAGGGUUCUCAAGAAAGUUGCAUUUGCGAGCCUCACUUGUGCUUUUGCGUUGUGCGGUGCAUUGAUAGGAUCGAUGUCGGGGGCGGUGAAGGGACAGACGACAGAGACCGGGAUGUCGAGGGGAGCGAUGAUAGGAGCGGUGGCCGGAGCCGUCGUGGCUAUGGAGGUGCUGGAGUCUUGCCUACAAGGAGAGCUGUUAUCUAAGGUGGCCAUUUUUAGCAGCCUUGUCAACGGGAAGAUCUUCAGAGAGUGGGUCAGCCCAGUAGUGCUCAAGGCUUACCAAUGGCAGAUUAAUGCGGUGGAAAUAAGUUAUGUAGAGACUUCAGAUAUAUUUGAUAUCAGCAGAAGCAAAGGUCUAUUGCCGGAGCUCAUAAAUAUAUUGCCAUGUUUCAAGAUUGCUUGUCACGACACAAGUGACCGUGGGGAGACAAGUUCUUGUGCUGUUUGCCUGCAGGUAUUAUAUGCACAUGUGAAAACUUCCCUGAAAGUCGAGAAGAAUUCGCAAAGCCUUCUUGAAGCUUGUGCCGACGAGAAGGAGAUCACCUGA